AUGAUGUACUGUGCGAAGAUUGGAAUGAACGGGGUAGCAAGUCGCAGCACGGACCCGAGCAUCCGCAAAGACUGCGUUAGCGCAGCACCAAGGUCGAUCCCGCAGCAAGAGAUCCAUGGGCCCCCAUCGAUGCAGAUUGUGACGAGGAUGAAGGUUUCUGCAUCGCACUCCAGGCCUCAAAGACGACCAUGGGAAAGGCAAGAGGACCCGCUCAGCGCCCCCCCGUGUCUCGAGCGCAGACGGUGUCUCCCUCACCGACAAUCCAAAGUUGGGUCAGGAGCGCGCUUCUGA